UUUGUGAUAACCUUUCAAUACAGUGACCCAGAGGUCACUAUUACUAUGCUCAUGGCUUUCCUUUUCCCUUUCUUUAGCUCUUUGUUUCCUGCUGUUAAGAGAUUCACAGUCUACAUAUUUUUUUAAAAAGAAAAACCUUUGCAUAAUUUUCAAAAUUUGAGUUGAGAUAGUCUAUAGCAGCUAGUAGGAAAAGAGAAGAAGCUUCCAUGGUCUAUUCCCAUGAUGCCCUGUUUUACUCCCCUCCCUCCCCUUUUGUGCUUAUAGAUACUAUUUUGGAUGAACAUAAAAGGAAUGAACUUUUUACAGACAACUUUUGUAAAGUAUGUGGCGCAAUGCUACAGUUUGAAUCCCAAAGGAUUUCACAUUAUGAGGGCAAAAAACACGCUCAAAAGGUUAGACUUUAUUUCCAAAUUCAUGGGGAACAAAGUGAAGCCCAAGGGACUGAUAAAAGAGGGAAGCUGGAUUUUCUGACUCUGCAGACGGAUGGGAGUGGAGUGGUGGACAAAAACAAAUUUUGUGAUCUCUGCAACAUGAUUUUUAGUUCCCCAGUUGUUGCUCAGUCUCACUAUUUGGGGAAAGUUCAUGCCAAAAAGUUGAAGCAGUUAAUGGGAGAACAUGCUCAGACGUCUCCACCAAGUUCUCAGCCAGACAAGGCAGGUCUGCCUGUUGCUAGUUGUGCCGGGCCGGAGCCACAGCAGCCCACUUCCGACAGAGCCGCCCCAGAAGCGGCAAUGGAAGAUACCCCCCCGGCUGGUGCUGGCCCCACUUUGGAUCUGAACAACCCAGACAGAUACUGCGAGCUUUGCUGUGCCUUCUUUAAUAGUCCAUUCAUGGCACAGCAGCACUACGUGGGCAAGAAGCACAAGCGGAGCGAGACUCGGAAGAAGAUCCUGGAAGAGAUUGGACAGAAGACCCUCCCUGCCGAGUCUACGAGCAGUGCACUUGGUGUGGGUAACUACAUAUGUCCCAUUUGUAGUAUCACCCUUACAUCCAUAGAAAUGUACCAGUCCCACAUGCAAGGAAAUAAACAUCAGAUUAAAGAAUCUCUGGUUGUCAACCUAAUGAAGAACUCAAAGAGAACCUUUCACUCUUUCCAAGAUGAGCUGGCUGACUACAUCCAGGUGCAGAAAGCCCGAGGGCUGGAGCCCAAGACUUACUUCAGGAAGAUGGCGGAGGAUCACUUUGAGAUGCACAAGUACAAGGAGGAGCAGGACGCCAGGCCCCAGAGUGCGCUGGUGGCCUUUGAACAGAGACUCCCGCCCGAGACCUUCCAGGCCUGCUCUGGAGCCUACACCCUCACGCGCACAGUGGAGAACACCCUGUCUCAUUGGUCACCCGUCCAUGACAGCCGGCUCCGACUGGAAUCUUUCAGCCACGGCCAGCCCAGCAAGGAAGAGUUCUCAGAAAAAUUCACAGCCUUGGGGCCUACUCAGCAGGACGAUAACUCGGGGCCGUCCAGCAUCUCCUCAGACAACAGCAUCAAUUCCUACCAAGCAGGUCAUAAACCCAAAGGGACUCAUCGGAGGAAGAGACAUUUAAGGGAGGACGGAGAAGACCGGCCAAAUGAGGAAGAGAAGAGGAAGAAAAAUGUGGAGGACAAGGACUCGGGCAAAGACCACAAGGCUGUCCGGAGGAGGAAGGCGGAGGCAGAUGGCACCGGCGUAGGAAAGCCGAAGCACAGGAAAGAGAAAAGGAAUCGAGAAAUAGCUGCUGACAAAGAAGACCGGAGACACCGGAAGGAGAAGAAGGAGCCUCUGCCCAGGAGGACAGAAGAGGAGAUGCUGUGGGACGAGUCCAUCCUGGGCUUCUGAGGCCGCUGCUCUGACGUCAGGUGCCAGAUGCUAGUGGCUUCUGGAUGCCCAUCGCAAGGCCGUCUGAAGGUGUUCGGCCUGUUCUCCAGCACUUUAAAAUGAGGAGAAAUGACUUCUCUUAACGUUUUCUAAAAAUGAUUUCAUGAAAAUGCCUUGUUUUUUUUCCAGGUAAUGCUGCUUCAUUUUGUACGGAAGACUACUUUUCUUCUUUCUCUUCUUUGAGUUAUCCUUUAUUUCAAAUGACCUUUCUGAAUGUCUUUCUUGAUUAGGUUCCUGUUGGUUUGGGUUAAGAUUUGGUGUUUUGUUUUUGCUUUGUUGUUUGUUUGUUUGUUUGUUUUAAGAGAAUAUACAAAAACAGUGUAGAAUUAUUUUUCCCCAUGUUUAGACUUAAUUUACAGUGUGUUUUCCAGGGCUGGAAGUAUAAAAUGACAUAGGCUAAACUCAGAUAUACAUAGUUUAAAAUGUUCUCAAGUAAAUAAUACUAAUCAGAAUUCAUUUUACAUUCAGGAAGUGUUCAUAUUAAAAAUAUUCUAAUUUUACAUGCUGUUCUAUCUAAAUUGUGUUCCCUUUAUAAUAUAGUUGUAUCUUUCAUUGAAUGAUUUGUACUUAGUACUUCAUACCUCCGUUAUGUGGCCCCAGCAGCUGCUGCUGACCACGGCUGGUAAGGAAGAAGUGCCUGAGCAGGGAAGCAUUGAUUGAUUAGAGGACUCUCUUGCUUAAGGAAUUGCUUUCUACCUCAGGAAACAUGGACAUUCUCUCAUCCAAAGUCUCCUCUUGCUUCAUGGAACAUAGAUCAGACUGUCCAGGCACCUGAAAUGAGGUGGCGGCACCUUGGGCUGCCCUCACCAGCAGUCUGACCCAAUGGAGAUGGAGGGGAGGCAGAUACUGACUCUUUACCAAGAGCUUGGUGUAGCUUCCAUAUCGUGCUUAGGUCCUGCUCAAUCCCUGGAUAAAUAAACAAAGCCCAGGUAUGAAAGGCA